UUUGUGGACGAGGUCUCAAAUACCUACUUACUGUACCUUGACAUCAAAAUCUUUCAAUCUGUCUAUAUCACGAUGAUUAGAACCAUCUACAUCUCCCGGCAUGGUGCCAGGCAAGAUUGGAUCAAUCCGGAUGACUCUAUAUCUGUGACUGGAAUGUACCAUGAUCCAUCGCUCUCUGAGUAUGGUCUGAGUCAAGUCGAAGAGCUCGGCGACUUCCUGUCACACCCUGUCGAUGAUCUGCCGGUUCCGGACAUGAUCUUCUCCAGUGGCUUCUAUCGAUGUCUGCAGACAGCUCGACCAUUGGCCGCAAAGUUGGGCAAACCCGUGCAUGUGGAGCUUGGGGUAGGAGAAUGGUUCUCAAAAGCCAGUGAGGGAUCUGGCCUUCAUUCCCGUCCCCACGCUGUUGAAACUUUGUCCAAGCAUUUCGCCCCGACCAUGCUUGAACCGAGGUACAAGAGCACAGUGUACCCAUCGCGACGAGGAGAAGAUGUCGAAGAGCUCAGACAACGUAUCAAGUUGUUCCUUGGAGCAUUCAUCAAGCGGAUAGAAUCGGAAUACCCUGAUGUCCAGACCAUCAGUAUCAUCGCGCAUGCCGCUACUGUCAUCGUAAUGGGCCAGGUCCUACUUGACGAUGAGACAAAGAAUAUCAAAGCCGGGACAGCUUCGACAUCAUGCUAUACGAGGGACAAUGCCGAUGGCCCAUGGGCUCAGCGAUUGAACGGCGAGACGAGUUACUUAUCCGGAGGAGAAGUUCGCAAUUGGAGCUUUGACGAGGUCAAGUACCGGGAUGGCAAAGUUAUCGAGGACCGGGGCGACGGCAAACCAUUCACGGAGGUUGACGAAUUACCCGUCGGAUUGGGAAAAGACUUUGAGCGAUACUCGCAAUAGAUGCGGUUCAGUGGACAAUGGCUUGCCCCUUGCAAACAUGCAUGAGCAUCAUACUGGAC